CUGUUACCUGCUUUGAACAGAAAAGAUGGCCGUUUUUCUGUUUUUCCGUGAAGGGGUCCAGGGUAUCCCCGCCCACAAAGCAUCACCUGUUCAAUUAAGAAUUCAAUUACGCCUCUACCUGGGCGACACGUGACCGAGCGGCAGCGCCGGCUUCCGCAGGUAAAACCUCCCCCACCUUCCCUCACAGCAGACACGCUGCUGGUUGCGCGCGGGACCGGUCCGGCAGGUUUGUGCGGGGGAGCGCAGGUGAGGUCGCGGGAGAAGGGCGGGGAGCCGCAGAGUCAGAAGAGGAGCGAACAGGAAGAGGAGCAAAACAUGGUGCGAAGACACGGCGGCUCUAACAAGUUCUGAGACGGAACGGCGUUUUCCACCGGCCUGCUGAGGACACGAAACCUGAGUUACGAAGAUGAACCGGCAGCGUGCAGACUCGGAGGGCUCCAUGCGGCCUGAUGAUGAGGUCAUGCCCUACAGUGAUGACGAAACGGACGAAGAACUGGGUGACACUUCUGACAGUGAAUCUGAAGGGGAGCCAGAAGUCCCGCAGCCCGACCUGGAACCAAGGGCCCCCGAUGUUGGCUGGAAGGUGAAAGCCAAUGACCGCCCCUAUCACCAGCUGCCAGAGUUUCAGAAGAAAGUCUUCCUGUGCAUCAAGAAGAGCAGAUACUCUGGAAAUGCUAUCAAGACAUACAAAUACAACGUCUUGACCUUCAUCCCCCUCAACUUGUACGAACAGUUUAAGAGAGCUGCCAACCUUUACUUCCUGGCUCUGCUCAUCCUUCAGAUCAUUCCUCAAAUCACCACCUUGCCUUGGUAUACCACUCUGGUUCCUCUGGUGGUGGUGUUGGGGAUCACUGCCAUCAAAGAUCUGGUGGAUGAUCUGGCACGUCAUCGAAUGGACAAGGAAAUCAACAACAGGAAGUGCGAGGUGCUGUUGAACGGCAGCUUCCAGGAGUCUAGAUGGAGGCAGAUCCAAGUCGGGGAUGUGGUUCGACUCAAGAAGAAUGACUUUAUACCGGCUGAUCUCCUGCUGUUAUCCAGCUCCAACCCAAACAGUCUGUGUUAUGUGGAAACGGCUGAACUCGAUGGGGAAACCAAUCUGAAGUUUAAGAUGGGGCUCAGAGUUACCGAUGAGAUGCUGCAAGAAGAAAGACAGCUGGCAGGUUUUGAUGCCCUGAUCGAAUGUGAAGAGCCCAACAACCGUCUGGAUAAGUUUUUAGGAACGAUGCUGUGGAACGGCGAGCGGUAUCCUCUGGAGCUGGACAACAUGCUGCUCCGAGGCUGCAAAAUCAGAAACACAGACGUGUGUCACGGGCUGGUCAUAUUUGCAGGAGCGGACACCAAAAUCAUGAAAAACAGCGGUAAAACCCGGUUUAAGAGGACGAAGAUCGACGAGCUGAUGAACUACAUGGUGUACACGAUCUUUGCUCUGCUCAUCCUGGUGGCGGCUGGUCUGGGAAUAGGCCACACCUUCUGGUAUGAUCAGAUCGGCUCCAAGGCGUGGUACCUCUAUGACGGCCUGGACUACAACUCCACUUACAGAGGCUUCCUGAGCUUCUGGGGAUACAUUAUCGUGCUCAACACAAUGGUGCCCAUCUCUCUCUAUGUCAGCGUGGAAGUCAUCCGUCUGGGCCAGAGCAAGUUCAUCAACUGGGACCUGCAGAUGUAUUUUGCAGAGAAAGACACUCCAGCUAAGGCUCGAACCACGACCCUCAACGAGCAGCUCGGCCAGAUCCAGUACAUCUUCUCUGACAAGACAGGAACUCUGACGCAGAACAUCAUGCAGUUCAAGAAGUGCACCAUUGCCGGACGCAGCUACGGCAACCCAACCACUGCUGAGGGGGUGUCACUUGACAGAGGAAAGCCUGUGGAUUGGAGCUGGAACCAGCAUGCUGACAAAAAGUUCCAGUUCAUGGAUCAUCUACUGGUUGCUAAUGUCAAGUCCAAGAAGGACAAAGAGGCCAUGGAGUUCUUCAAACUGCUCUCACUUUGCCACACUGUCAUGGUGGACAACAAAGAUGGUGAACUGGUGUACCAGGCUGCAUCUCCUGACGAGGGCGCUCUGGUGACAGCUGCCAGGAACUUCGGGUUCGUGUUCCUGUCACGAACGCAGGACACUGUAACCAUCAUGGAGAUGGGACAGGAGAAGACCUAUGAAAUGCUGGCUCUUCUGGACUUCAACUCCGAUCGCAAGCGGAUGUCUAUUAUCUUGAAGUUUCCUGACGGUCGCAUUCGUCUGUACUGUAAGGGUGCAGACACAGUCAUCUAUGAGCGACUCGCCCAAAACACCAAAUACAGGGAGACCACACAGACGGCUCUGGAUAACUUUGCCAACGAUACCCUGCGGACGCUGUGCUUGUGUUACAAAGACAUCAGUGCAAACGAGUACGAGGUCUGGUCCAGGAAACACAAAGAGGCCCAGCUGGUCAUGGUCGACCGAGACGCCGCCCUUGACAGAGUAUAUGAAGAGGUGGAGAAGGACCUGAUGCUCAUUGGAGCAACAGCUAUCGAGGACAAGCUUCAGGACGGAGUUCCAGAGACCAUCGCCACACUGGCCAAGGCUGACAUCAAGAUCUGGGUCCUGACUGGAGAUAAGAAAGAGACUGCAGAAAACAUCGGAUACUCCUGCUCCCUGCUGACGGAUGACAUGCACAUUCACUAUGGAGAAGACGUCAAUGAGAAGCUGAGUGUUCGUCAGGCCACCAGAAGACAUCAGGCUCCAACAAAUUUUCGGCGAGCCAGACAGAGACCUGAAGAGUCUUUCUUCACAGAGCCGGGCAAGAACGCUCUGAUCAUCACUGGAGGAUGGCUGAAUGAGAUUCUGUACGAAAAGAAGAAGAAACGUCGCCGCCUUCGUCUCCGUCGUCUGGGGAGACGUCCUCCACCCAGCAACCCUCAGGAUGGACAACCGAUGAACGAGUGGGAGAAGGAAAUGAGACAGAUCGACUUUGUGGACAUGGCCUGUGAGUGUGAGGCGGUCAUUUGCUGUCGCGUGACCCCCAAACAAAAAGCUAAUGUGGUGAGUCUGGUGAAGAAGUACAAGAAGGCCGUGACGCUGUCCAUCGGAGACGGAGCCAAUGACGUCAACAUGAUCAAGACUGCAGACAUUGGUGUGGGGAUCAGUGGACAGGAGGGCAUGCAGGCCGUCAUGUCCAGCGACUACGCCUUCGCUCAGUUCCGUUACCUGCAGCGCCUCCUGUUGGUACACGGCCGAUGGUCCUACAUCCGAAUGUGCAAGUUCCUGCGCUUCUUCUUCUUCAAGAACUUCUCUUUCACUCUGGUUCAUUUCUGGUAUUCCUUCUUCAAUGGAUACUCCUCACAGACUGCUUACGAAGACUGGUUCAUCACUCUUUACAAUCUGGCUUACAGCAGUUUACCUGUUCUUCUUGUUGGACUGCUCGACCAGGACGUGAAUGACAGACUGAGCCUGAAAUUUCCAAAGCUCUACAUUCCUGGUCAGCAGGGGACGCUCUUCAACUACAAGAAUUUCUUCAUCAGCUUGUUCCACGGCAUCUUCGUCUCGCUCAUCAUCUUCUUCAUCCCUUACGGGGCGUUCCUGCAGACAAUGGGGCAGGAUGGAGAGGCCCCGUCUGACUAUCAGUCUUUUGCUGUCGUAACAGCCUCCUCCUUGAUCUUUACAGUCAACCUGCAGAUUUCCUUGGACACCUCCUACUGGACUUUUGUGAACUGCUUUGCUGUCCUGGGCAGCAUAGCCAUCUACUUUGGCAUCAUGUUUGACAUCCAUAGUGCUGGGAUCCACGUCAUCUUCCCCUCAGUCUUCACCUUCACAGGAGCUGCGUCAAACGCGCUGCGUCAGCCUUACUUGUGGCUCACCGUCAUCCUGACUGUGGGCAUCAGCCUGCUGCCCGUCAUCUGCAUCCAGUUCCUCUAUAAAACCAUCUGGCCCUCUGUUGGAGACAAAGUUCAGAGAAACAGGAAGAAGUACGAAAUGCAGAUGGAAGAGAAGAAGCCAAAGCAGGAGCCCUUCCAGCGGGGCAGGCGCUCCCGCCGCUCUGCCUACGCCUUUUCUCACUCACGAGGUUACGCAGACCUCAUCUCGUCCGGGCAGAGCAUCCGACGGCGUCCUCCCGCCCGCAGCGGCGCACAGGAGAACAUCCGGGAGUUUGCCCGCAGAGAGGCCGAGAACAUCUAAGCGGAGGCGGAGCCACCCUGCGAGAGCUUCAGCGCAGUGGGGAGGUUUCUUUAGACUGCUGUUGAAGACCUACAUCCAGCACUCUGCAAAUGUUAGCCUGUACAGGUGGAACUGAACUGUUCCUUUUGGGAAACUGAGAUGUCUGAAGUGAGAAAAGAAUUGUUGAAGUUCCUGAACUUCUGCAAAGGACAUGAAGAGCUUGGUUCACCAGCAGCAGAGAACUUAAAGACUCGGUACCUGCGGUUCACCUGCAUGCAGACUCCACGCUCCCAUCCAGAAACACCAAAGAGACGGCGGCUGUCCAUGAGGGGACUGUGUGACUGUUAUUUAACUCAGGAUUUUUAAAGAGAGCCUUUUGUUUUUUUAGUAAGCUCAUCGGCUGAUGGGAAACCAAAACUAUUUAAGAUAAAUGAGUUUUAGCGUUGUUCAUACACAGCACUUACUGUUGUGCUGACACCCUGAUAUUUUUCCACUUUUUGUUACUGCAUGAGUUUGUUUCUGUCCGUUGAGUCAGAUAAUCUUCUCUAGCCUUAAAACUUUGAGAUGAAUCUAUCAAAAUAUGAAAUUUGAGUGUUUUUAUGUAGUUGUAGGAUUUUGCUUUGCCAAGCUGGUUGAUUAGUGGAAAAUGUCUUAAUUGAAAAGUCUGUUUUCUUUUCUUGUUCUUUCAAAUAUUCCAACAGUCUGGAAAGAUGUUUUAACCACCAACUUGUGAGAGUUUGCCCUUUUAAAUGCCUCUUUCCAGCAGACCUCUUUGACACCAUUUUUUAGCUUUUAUCUCUGACAUGUGAGCCACUCAAGUAACUUUUUUACAAACACAACUUGUUCUUGUCUUGUGAUUCAACUGAGGAACGGAUCACAGCCGUUAUUCUUUACCACUUUACUUUGAUGCGGUUGCCAUAUCUCAGGGGUUGCCUUUUUUUUUUUUUUUUUGUAAUCUUGUGUAACACUGAAUCACAUGUUCAUGAAGACUGGAGAAAAGGAGGAUCUUCUGUCUGCAUCUCAUUGUUUACAUCUUGUUUCAUUGGGAUGAUUUUUUUUUUUUCCUUUAAAAGUUAGAAUAAUUGGGAGGUGGUGCUGAUCGAAAACUGAAGAUAAUUUCUCUUGUUAGUUUCCUCGUUCCUUUUCAGUGCUGCUGCCGACUCACUGCAGCGGUUUGAGCUUUCGUGUCAUGCAGUUUUAUCAUAUGGUUGUUAAUAAAAGCCAAGGGCACAUUUAG